UAGCGAUUCGUCGGUAGUCGGCAGUUGAUCUGAUGUCAAACAUGAGUUUCAUAAUAGUGCUUAGUUUAUUUAUUUUCGUAUUUCUGAUUUUCCUCGUGUUAAUAUGGCUAAGAAAUCGAGAAAAGGACAGCAUUUGUAUUGUAGUGUUGGGAGACAUCGGGAGAAGUCCUCGAAUGCAAUAUCACGCGAUUUCUUUUGCAAAAGAAGGAUUUUCUGUACAACUUAUAGGUUAUCCUGGAUCGGCACCUUUGAAACGAUUUCGCGAAUUUCCCAAUGUUAAGAUCAACUAUCUCAAGCCCCCUCCAGAUUUAACAAACAGCUUGAAUCGGACUAUUUCCUACGUAAUAAAAGUGUUAUGGCAAUCUGUAACUCUUUUCAGUGUACUGCUUGUUAAAUGUCGUUCCGGAAACUUGAUGCUGCAAAAUCCACCUGCGAUACCGACGAUUCCGAUUUGCUGGCUUUACUGUCGUAUUUCAAAGACGAAAUUUACAAUUGAUUGGCAUAAUUACGCAUAUACGUUGAUGGCCUUGAACCAGGGGGAAAAACACUUUUUGGUGAAAUUGGCCAAAUUUAUUGAAGCACAGUUCGGCCGAAAGGCUGAUUAUAACUUUUGUGUUACGAAAGCUAUGAAGGUUGAUUUGGAAAACAGAUGGGGCAUUGAAGCUAAAGUUUUGUAUGAUCGUCCACCGGAACGUUUCCGGCCAAUAACAGUUGAAGAGAAGCACGCAUUAUUUGUAAUACUCAGCGACGUCUAUGAAAUAUUCAAGGGCGAAAAUGAUUCUUGUACAGCUUUUACGGAAAGUUUACCUAACCGUGAUAUUAGAAUGCGCUCAGAUCGACCAGCAUUGCUUGUAUCAAGUACAAGUUGGACUAUAGAUGAAGAUUUUUCUAUUCUUUUAACAGCACUUGAAGUUUACGAAUCUGCUUGCUUCGAAAAUGAGUUGAAACUUCCAAAACUGAUUUGCGUUAUCACCGGAAAGGGACCGCUAAAAGAAUUUUAUACUGCGUUGAUAGAUCGAAAAAACUGGAAAAACAUCACUGUCAUCACACCCUGGCUUGACAACGAAGACUAUCCCAAAAUUUUAGGAAGUGCAGACUUAGGCGUGUGUCUCCACAAAUCAUCGAGUGGUUUAGAUUUACCGAUGAAAAUAGUGGACAUGUUUGGUUCUGGUCUUCCUGUUUGUGCCUUCGACUUUGAAUGUUUGUCGGAGCUCGUAAGGCAUGAGGAAAACAGUCUCGUAUUUUCGGACGAGAAAGAAUUAGCGGAACAGUUGAAAAACUGGUUCAGGAACUUCCCGAACGAUUCUGAACAGAAACAGAAAUUCGAAAAAUUUCGUCAGCAGUUGGAGAACUUUCGACUGAUUGGAUGGCAUGGUAAUUGGUCGAUUACAAAAAAUCUUAUAGUCAAUAAUCGACCAAUUAUUGGAAUUUUGACUCAAGAAGUUUCAUAUAAACUAAAUGAAGCAUAUCCUGAUCAAUAUGGUAGUUAUAUAGCAGCAUCUUAUGUCAAAUUUGUGGAAGGAGCUGGUGGUAGAGUCGUCCCGAUAUGGAUUGGAAAAGACGAGUCAUAUUACGAGGAUAUAAUGAGUAAAGUAAAUGGAGUUCUCCUUCCUGGAGGUUCGUCACAUUUUCAUACUUCAAAAGGCUAUUCUGAUGCUGGUGAAAAAAUUUACAGGAUUGCAAAAAGAUUGAACAAGAAUGGUGACUAUUUUCCCAUAUUAGGAAUAUGUUUAGGAUUUGAAUUGUUAACUUACCUGGCUGCAAAUCGACAAGAACAUAGGACAGAUUGUUCCAGUAAUAAUCAACCUCUUCCACUUGAAUUCACUCCAGAUUCCAAGAACAGUAAGCUGUUUCAAAAUGCACCCCGAGAUGUUAUCCAGAUUUUACAAACUGAAAAUGUUACCGCCAAUUAUCAUCAUUACUGUGUUACGAAAAGUUACCGUCCGUUACCUACGUCAUUACAAGCUAGUGCCCUGGAUGCGGAGAACUAG